AUGCGGCUGCUGCUGCAGGCAGCGCUCCUGUGCCUCACCCUGCGCCUGGGACACUGCUCCGAGGAGGCAGCGCCCGACAGCACCGGCCAGCAGGACACCUCGGCACAGUCAUCCUAUUCCGACUGGGGCAUCGAGACCAUCCGCGAUGGCUUUGAGACGGUGAACAGCUACUUCGACUCCUUCUUGGAACUGCUUGGGGGAAAAAACGGGGUCUGCCAGUACCGAUGUCGAUAUGGGAAGGCUCCCAUGCCACGGCCUCACUACAAACCCCAAGAGCCCAACGGCUGCAGCUCCCAUUUUCUGGGGCUCAAGGUACCUGAAAGUCUAGACCUGGGCAUCCCUGCCAUGACCAAGUGCUGUAACCAGCUGGACAUUUGUUAUGACACCUGUGGGGCCAACAAGUACCGCUGUGACGCCAAGUUCCGCUGGUGCCUCCACUCCAUCUGCUCCGACCUCAAGCGCAGCCUGGGCUUCGUCUCCAAGGUGCAAGCCUGUGAAUCCAUGGCAGACACGGUGUUCAACGCUGUGUGGACCCUGGGCUGCCGGCCCUUCAUGAACAGCCAGAGGAGCGCCUGCAUUUGCAGCGAGGAAGAGCGGGAUGAACUGUGAGGAAGAGCAGCAGCCCGGUGUCCGUGAGCCGCUGCCAGCGCCCCUCUCCAGCACAGAGACUCCUGUCAGCCCUCGGGAUGAGGGAGCCGGGCCAAGGCAGCAUCCUGGGCAGGGCAGGGCAGAGCCAGCCCAUGGACAGAGGGCAGCCGUGCCUGCUGUCCGUGCAGAUGCAGCCCAAGAGCCCCGCCGCCCCUUCCCAAGCCGGCAGGAUCCCGUGCCAGUUCUCUCCAUGGACCGAGCAGGAGAGGCAAGCAGGACGCACUGCUGGUUAUAAACACACACUAUCACCUCCCCCCACCCUGAAACUCUCUAAUUUGCAGUGCAUUAGGUUUCUGCGAGCCCUGUGAAAUUCUCAGUCCGUGGAUAUGCUAUUUACAUUUUUGCACCCGCCGGUGACAGACUGAAGAGGGGUAAUUUGCUUUCAGUACAUUGCUCACACCCGCCCCUGACACUUUCCAUCCUGUCAUUACACACCCUGACGCCCCUGCGUAUUUAAAUACUUGGUGGAUCCUAAACUGAUUGAAGACAUCUGGAGAUUUCUUAAGCAUGAGUUAAGGAGAAGGGCUUGAGGUGUUUGUGGUACACAACUGAUAUUCGGGACCAAAGCCCACCAUUUAUUAGAUGUGGAAGCACAGCCCUCUCCCCCAGUCUCAGGAGAGGAAGCCGCUUUUCUUUGCCAGUGUCAUCCACAUCUAUUUAAUUACUUUUCUCCUAUAGCACUGAACAAAGCUUUGCCCUCAGGAUCCCUUUUCACACAAAAUGGCUGGGUAUCCACCUCCAUCUCUUCCACGAGGGAAACAGGAGGCCUUGGAUGAGAUAUUGCAAAUUCUGGAGGCUUAUCUGUCAGGUGACAGGACUUACAUGCUACCUCUGCGGGGCUGCUAUCAGCAGCCUCAGACACCAUCCCUUCUAAAACGUGGUUAAUACUCCCAUCUGUUAUGGGGAGCUUUUGUUGCAUGCAAAACCAGAAUUUCAAGUGGUGCAUGGCAUUUUGCCUCCACAGAACAUUGGCAGACAGCUUUCAGCUGGGUUUCUUGUUGGAAGGAAGUUGCUACUGGGUGUGCUCGUGCCGUGCCACGUAAAUAUUUCAGUGGCUCCUGCAAACAUAUUUAUGGUUAUGUUCUUCCAUCUGCCACAGAGAAGUUAAGGCUGCAAAAGGGUUGAUUUAACAAGAGUGGAAAGAGUCUGUCUUGGUUGCUUUUCUUCCAGUUUAAAUGGGUUUAAAAUGUAUGCAUGGAGCUAUAAAUUAUUUAAGGCCUGUGUUCCUGCUCCUGCCAGUCAUCUUGGCCUUACAGUGAACAGCAACGAGAUGCUCAGCCGGCCCCAAGAACAACAAGAGCCUGCUGGUAUCCACACCAGGAAAAUGGAAGUGACUGUGUGGGGUGUACUGGGAUGUUUUCCAUCACAGAGGACCUCAGCGCUGGUCAGAUGUAAUGACAGCCUUUCCCAGCUGGGCUAAUGCCACUGGAGAGGGAAUUCUGCAUUGCCCAGGUUCACUGCUCUGUCAGAGCAUGAGGCUGGACAGACAACCUUGAUUAUCCAGCUAAGAAACACAAUCCCCUUUUUGGAUAGGAAUGGGAAGGAAACAUUCCUCAUUCCAGACACUUCCCAAACUUUGUAUUUUGUUGGUGAAAUGGUGCCUGUGGCCAGUUUAAAUGUGAACAUAAUCUUAUGACUAAAUGACAAAAAAUAAAUUAAAAUACUUGUAUUAUCUACGUUCAAAAGCCAACUGGAUGGCAAACGUCUUAAAGUAUUUUAUAGUUCAAGUGAUAUCAGAUUAAAGCCAAGCAACUUCUGGCAGGUGAUGACAUACACUGGAGAAAUCAAAGGGUUCUGAACAAAAAUCUCUGUACCUAGACACUGAUGCGUUGGAGACGUUGCUAACAUAAAUCAUAAUGUCCCCUGCCUUCAGACCACCAUUCAUCCCAAAACUCUAGAGACUGCUGCAAGCUGGCCAGCUACUGAAUAACUUCAUUUUUCACUGUGGUAAUCUGAAAAACCCCACCAGCAGCUCUACAAGGAAAUAUUUGAACCUUCAAGUGGUGGCAGUGACUCUGGCAAAGCACCAGCUAAUCCUGUGUAGGAGCAAACCAGCGCAUGAACUCCAGUGAAACUGCAGCCAAACUAAAAACUGCUUCCCCUCCGUGCCACUCCUGCUAUGCAGUGAUGUACAGGGAUGGGAGCAGCAGGAUUCUCCAGGCUGCUGCACAAACCUUGGGUCAUCUUCAGGGCCACCCUGCUCUGGACACAAAGACACUGCUUUGCUCACCCCGUGGCUUCUCUUGACUUUGUGCGUUGGCAGGAUUGGUUUCAGCUGCAGAGUGGAAAAGCUGCUUCACAUGAAUUUGUCAGGAAGAAGCAAAUAAUAGGCAUAAUAACUGAAAUAAGGCAGGAAAGGAAUUUCUCCCUCCAUCACUCCCCCCACAUCCCUUCCAUAUGAACAAACAAGACCAGUUGAUUCUCCAGAAGGCACCGGAUAAUUAAUUUCAUUUCCCAGCUCUUGUUUUAUCAAAACAAAUAUAUUUAGUGGAGGCUGCCUGAACAAAGAAGUGACAGUGGGAAACUGCCCCUGUGGUCCUAAUGCAGAUGUGAAUCAGCAGAACAGCAAUCCUAGGAGAAGCCUUUUUCCUUUCUUUUUCAUUCACAUAUGGUUAGAUAACACACAAGUGUCUCUCCAUUUAUACCUACUUAUCGUCAUAGAAAUAUUUUUGUUUACUCUAACACACACACACACAUAUUUCCAAGAUUGGAAAAGCAGCCAUGAAGCUCUUUAGAAAAGUUAUUAAACUCUCAGCCAUUAAAUGUUCAUUCCUCACUGGAAUCUCACUUGCCAGCACAAAUAAAUCUGUGAAAUAGGCUGAAA